UCGUCUGCUACAAAACCAAGGGGCACUACUCUCAUGCCGAGUUCUUCAAGCCCAAUAUGGCGGCUGCAGGCUUACUUGUGCGGAAGGUCGCACCGUCAAUUUUACAGAGAACAGUUAUAAAUAAUGCGGUUCCUCUCUCUUUCGUAAGAGGUGCAGGCAAAGUCUGGAGACCAGAUAAGGAAUAUUAUGAUCAAUUCAAAUUCCCAGUUCUAUAUCCAGAUGAGUCACUCGCUGAUUGGAAACUUCCGCCUUUCAAUGAGAAGGCUGUGGUGAGAGAAAAGAUAGUUGAGAAUGUUACUCUCAACUUUGGUCCUCAACAUCCAGCUGCCCAUGGAGUUUUGCGUCUAGUGCUGACCUUAGAUGGUGAGACUGUAGAACGGGCUGAUCCUCACAUCGGCCUUCUACAUCGAGGAACAGAGAAAUUGAUUGAGCAUAAAACGUACACUCAAUCUUUACCUUACUUUGAUCGCCUUGACUACGUUUCCAUGAUGUGCAACGAACAGUGCUUCUCCCUUGCGGUUGAGAAGCUCCUUAACAUUGAGAUUCCUGAGAGAGCAAAGUGGAUACGCACUAUGUUUGGUGAGAUCACUCGUAUUAAAAACCACAUCAUGGCUGUUGGCUGCCAUGCACUUGACGUCGGAGCAAUGACUCCUUUCUUUUGGCUGUUUGAAGAGCGAGAGAAGCUGAUGGAGUACUAUGAAAGAGUGUCAGGAGCACGUCUGCAUGCAGCAUAUGUCAGGCCUGGUGGUGUGGCCUUGGAUUUGCCAAUUGGACUGAUGGAUGACAUCUAUGAAUUCGUUGGAAAGUUUGGUCAGCGUCUUGAUGAAGUAGAUGACCUUCUAACUGAGAAUCGUAUCUGGAAGGCUCGAACAAUUGACAUUGGAGUCAUCUCAGCUGAAGAUGCCCUCAACUAUGGAUUCAGUGGUGUGAUGUUGAGGGGAUCAGGCAUCAAGUGGGACAUCCGCAAGGCCCACCCAUAUGAUGCAUAUGAUAAAGUUGAAUUUGAUGUACCCAUCGGACGCAAUGGAGACUGUUAUGACAGAUACCUGAUUCGCAUGGAGGAGAUGCGUCAGUCUCUGCGUAUCAUUCACGAGUGUCUUAAUAAGAUGCCUCCAGGAGAGGUCAAGGUGGAUGACAACAAGAUAACACCACCAUCUCGUCGUGAAAUGAAGAACUCAAUGGAAGCACUCAUUCAUCACUUCAAGCUUUUCACCGAAGGUUAUCAAGUGCCUCCUGGUGCCACCUACACAGCUGUUGAAGCUCCAAAGGGAGAAUUUGGGGUGUACUUGGUGUCUGAUGGUACCAACAAACCAUACCGCUGCAAAAUCAAAGCACCUGGAUUUGCCCAUCUAGCAGGCCUAGACAAAGUGUCCAAAAAACACAUGCUGGCUGAUGUUGUUGCUAUUAUUGGAACAUUGGACAUUGUGUUUGGAGAAGUUGAUCGAUAAAGAAAGAGGUUGCUAGCAUUUAAUUUAACCUCAAUUCACAUUGGACUUUUCUUAGAGAUAUCUGAUAGAACAGUCUGCAUGAUGAAAUCAUGCAGACAGCCACCCCAUUAUCUGGAGUCUUUUAUACUCUGUGUGACCUUACCAGUAAAUGUUUGAUGAGCAAACUCAAUAGUUCGUGGACACCAGGACACCAUUAAGACAAAUAAUACAUUUAUCAAUUUGCUUUUGAGAAGCCUCCUUUUAGACCAAGCAGUUUUGGGUUUCUAUUUUUUUUUUUUGGAAGAGAAAGAUUGAGAAACAUAAUGAACACUUUCAGUUGUGCUACUGGACUAACUGUAAAUAUUCUGUGAUGCACCUGUUAGAUUUAACCAGUCAGGUAAAAAAUAUUACAUUCUUGGUACUGUUGAGCUGGUUAUUGCUUUGUAUGAUGUGACCAAGAUAUGUUCAUUGAAUUAAAAUGUUUUGAAAAGAA